AUGUUUUCGAAUCAAGGGGCGCGCAAGUCGGUCGAUAGCUUGUCGCCGACACUCCCCUCGGCCGGCCAUAGGGGGGACUUCCCCUUCCAUGGAAAAGCAACCCAACGGAGGGGCUCGACCGCCAGCUCCAUACACUCCGUUGGCGGCGCCCUGGACACGGUUAGCUGGGGGAAUCCCGUUUUCGAAUCCGGCCAGAAUGCCAUCUCGACCCUCCUACAACCGCCAAUCGUGCGAACGGGCAUGCUCCCCCAUGCUGCCCCGCCUGCGUCGAGCGUCCACAAGCCCCCAACUGCCCGCGACAUCCCUCCCGUCGCCCUCACGAAUAUCCCCCACGUUGAUCCCUCGGAGUUCAAGUCAUACCUCUCUCAGGUCGGCACCCUGUAUGAACAGCUUCGCCGGAUUCAGGCCGAGGAUGAGCAAGUAUCAAGCAGUCGCAAGGCUGUCAAACCAGACGAAUCCCCGGAUGCUCCAGAUGAUGGUCACUUGCGGCCGAACAGACGCUCGGGGAUAGCGUCGAGACGGCCGUCGACCGCCUCGAUAUCCUCCUUGGCUUCUAUGGAGAUUGUGACACAACCGAAAACUUCUAGUUCCCGCCCAAGAAGGGGGCCGGCACACGGACCCCCUCCCUUGUCUACUAUACCGCCCGUCUAUUUUGAAGAAGACUUUCAUCUUGAAAACCCACGCACCUUCGACGUGGUUAGCGAGCGUUCCGAAGUUGUUCGGCCAGCCCAGGGUAGUGAUGACAAGGCCGGUGCCGCAUCCAACGGCCAAGCAGCCGCUCCUCGCAAGGCUUUGGCGACAAAUGCCAUCCUCCAGGAGAAGCUCUCCUGGUAUAUGGAUACUGUUGAGAUGCAUCUCAUCCAGUCCAUCUCAACCGCUUCGACUACCUUUUUCAGCGCCCUCGGUGCCCUUCGAGAACUUCACUCCGAGGCCGCCGACUCGGUAGAGAGAAUCAGGGCGCUCCGGAAGGAGCUAAAGAAGCUGGACGAGGAGAUCGCUCUCGGUGGUCUUAAUCUUGUCCAGCAGCGACGACGCAGAGAGAACAUCAAACAGCUCCAGGAUACUGUCCUGCAGCUCAAGGAAAUAGUCGAUGGCGUUACCGUCUGCGAGUCGUUGGUUGAUGCUGGCGAGGUUGAUCAAGCCCUCGACAACAUUGACAACCUGGAAAGGCUGAUGGCUGGCGAACCGGCGGAGACCAGCUUGUCAGGGGUCCAGUUACGUGAUCUCAGGGGUGCCACAGCCCUCCAAGGAGUCAGCGCCGAUCUGGACACCCUGCGGUUGCGCAUCGGCAGAACCUUUGAGGCUAGGUUCAUCAAGACCCUGCUCACUGAUCUCAGGAGCCAUGUCGAGAACGUCUCUCCCCAAGAGGUUCUCAUGCGUUGGAGUAAUGCUUCGAUGCGUGCCCGCGGAACCCAUAACCGGGAGUCAUCGACCUUCCCAUCCUACAUGGCUGCCACCGAUUUAAUGCGUCCUGAGCUCCAUGCCACAAUUACGGGCUUGCAACGAGCAAGGUGCCUCACCGCUGCGGCCCUGGCCUACCGUGACACGGUGCUGCGUGAAAUCAAGACUAUCAUCCGGCAGCCCAUGCCGAGUUCAAACGACGACGAUGCUGAAUCCAUAAUGUCAUCCUCUACGAGGGCAGGCGGGCGCACAAGGUCUCAACAGGAUCGCUCGAUAGCCCUGGCCCGCAAUCUACGGGCCAUGGGACCCGACGAUGCCGAGGAGCUCUUGAGGAAGAUCUACAUCGGCGUGGCAGAAGCUUUGCGGAGGGUCAGCACCCAGGUGAAGGUUCUCUUGGAUGUCGCGAGUUCCAUCGGUGAACCGCUCCCCCCAUCUGGUCUCCGGUCGCCCCCCCUCAAGUCUCCUCCGUUCAGCCCAACGGUCAGACAAAUAUCGACUGCCGCCCAGGAGGCUCAGGAGGAGAUCCAUAGGGCCUUGGACAUCUCCAAUCUCAUGGGCCAGGCCAUCGAUGUCGCCCAGGAGAAGGUAGUCAAGAUUCUGCGCGUCCGGUCAGAACAGAGCAAGCGCCUGGAGCUCAUCUGGUUCCUGCGCUACUUCACGCUCAACCUCCACUUCGCCAACGAAUGCGAAGCCAUUUCUGGUCGUGGCGGCGCCAAUCUCAAGACCGUCGUCAACGGUCACAUCACCGACUUUAUUCAAAUACAUGGUGACUCCGAGAGCAAGAAGCUCGCCCAGCUCAUGGAGUCAGAUCAGUGGAAUGCCGCCGACUUCUCCGAAAAGGAUGCCGAGCUGCUGAAUCGGAUACUGGAAGGGAGCACGAGGGAUGAUCCUGCCUGGCUUGAUGCCGUCCAGAUCUGGAUUCCAGUUCACGAGCUGCAAACGUCCGAUGCCAAUACCAAAACAGCCGACGUCGAUCCCCUCGCCACACAAGCCAACGGCGCAGGCAAAGCCAAGACCAGAAGCGCCGUGGUCGAGUCGGAGACCUUCAUGCUCCCCAACUCUGCUAUUGUCUGCAUGCACGGCAUAGCCAAGUUCCUCCAGCUCAUCGCCGCCAUCCCCUCCAUGACAGCCGAGAUCUCUUCCUCCCUCAUCGCCUACCUCCAGCUUUUCAACUCGCGCUGCACCCAGCUCAUCCUUGGCGCCGGCGCCACCCGCUCUGCGGGCCUCAAGAACAUCACUACCAAGCACUUGGCGCUUGCUUCUCAGGCAGUCGCCUUCAUCGCCGCCAUCAUCCCUCACAUGCGCGAGUUCGUCCGGCGUCAUUGUGGUGCUGGUACCCCGGCGUCAACUGUUACGGGCGAGUUCGACAAGGUCCGUCGCUCGCUGCAGGAGCACCAGAAUAACAUCUACGACAAGCUGGUCGAGAUCAUGACUGGCCGCGCCAACGCUGGUGCUAAGAAGCUGAAAGCGAUCGUCUGGGACCAGCCCGCUCCGCCGAGCAGUAGCACCGGAGCGAACGAGUAUAUUGAGACGUUGGCGAAGGAGACAACGACGCUGCAUCGGAAUUUGACCAAGCAUUUGCCGGAGACGACAGUGAGGAUGAUUAUGGUACCGGUGUUUAGGAAUUAUAAAAAUACAUUUGGGGCGGCAUAUGGGGCGGUUGAGUUGAGGACUGAGCAGGGCAGGGAGAGAAUGCUUCGCGACGUCGAGUUCUUCCAAUCCCGCCUCAACAAGAUUGAUGGCUUCGACGACACCGCCGAGUACCUCACCAAGGUCAUCAAGGCCAAAGAAAUUAUUGCUCCUGUGCCACUACCGGGGGAGCAGGCGCCAGCACCAACGCCAUCGUCGACAGCACCGUCACCAAUACCGCAGCAGCAACAGGCAUUCCAGCCAGCGGCAAGCCCUUCUCCUGAAGGUGGUAAUGGAAAGUCAGAAGGGGUUACUCCGGAGAGAGCGGGCCAGUGA